AUGCCUAGUACUGCUACAUCCAACAAUAAAAACGAGCUCUAUCACAACAACGAACAAGACGACAACAUCCUUCCGCCUUCUGGUGAACAGCAUUCCCAAACUUUUUCACCUGUUAUUAACAUAGUCAGGAAUUCUGUCAGUCUUUCUGCAGCAACCAACAAAGCACACCUGAUUGUCCCUGGCAUCUGUGUUGAUGAUAAAUGCAAAACAUCUGCUGGUUUGAUAACUGAUUUGAACACAGCCGACCGUUCUGGAAAUACCAAGUUCCCUAUUCUUAACCAGAUCAGUAGCACCUCGCGUGUUGAGGGGUGCAGCAGUGAUCUGGGCAGUUGCAACACAACGUACUAUUCCACUUUUACAGUAUACAUUGGGGCCGGGGGCCAUCCGGUGACCGGUUCCAUGGAAACAGGCAAUGCAAUAAAUAAGCCAAAACUAAUCAGCCAUCAUUAUCUGAAGCAUUCUGACGAAAGAGAUGGUCUUCCUAAUACUGGAAUGGGGAGGGACAAUGCGAAACGUAGUAGUAGUGCUGCCGCCGCCGCCGCCGCCGCCGCCGCCGCCACCACCAACACCACCACCACCACCAAUACUGAAGCAUAUUCUCCGAGGCGCGGGACUAUAGAAGAUGAUUCAGAAGUCAGUCUGUACCAGAUGCAACAGCAAGCACAGCAUCUGCAUCACACCUCAACACCUUACCACUACCAACGGCAGCGCAUAUCCCGAUCCCCGCCUCCACCACCGCCAUCGACGUCCAACAUACCUGCAACGGACUCCGUUGAUCUGUGGACAGCCAAAUACGAUUACGAUGCUUCACGAGACGAUGAGCUGACACUUCGCAAAGGCACCAAGGUAGAAGUGCUUUCAACAGAUACUUGGGUGUCUGGGGAUGAUGGUUGGUGGACAGGGCGUGUCAAUGAGAAGGUUGGGAUCUUCCCGAGCAAUUUUGUAACCAAAGGUGGAGGAGAUCCUACUGAGGUGAAGUUUUCUGAGAUUGAAGUUCAGGAAAUCAUUGGUGUUGGCGGCUUUGGUAAAGUGUUCCGUGGCAUGUGGAAUGGCGAGGAAGUGGCUAUCAAAGCUGCCAGGCAAAACCCAGAAGAAUCAAUCAGCGUCACAAUUGAGAAUGUUCGCCAAGAAGCAAAACUGUUUUGGUUGCUCAACCAUGAGAACAUUGCAGCUUUGAAAGGAGUGUGCCUGAAGGAGCCAAAUUUUUGCCUUGUGAUGGAGUAUGCUGCUGGCGGUUCACUGAAUCGGGUUUUGAGUGGUGGUCGUCGUAUACCACCUGAUAUACUUUUGGACUGGGCUAUGCAGAUUGCACGGGGAAUGCAAUAUCUUCAUGAAGAGGCACCAUUAUCACUUAUUCACAGGGAUCUUAAAUCUAGCAACAGUGAGUAG